CUUCCCUUUUUUCUUGUUCUAGCACUCACUUUUCCGAGAGACCCUCUUUUAAUACCAGCGAUAAACUUAUAACAUGUCUGAAAACGUCAUUGCUUCCCUUCAAGUUGGUCGUAACUCACCUUCCAUGACUGUUGAAGAGUACAGAGCUCGUAAGGUAGCUCUCAUCACUGGUGUUACUGGUCAAGAUGGUUCCUAUUUGACAGAAUUUUUGUUGGAAAAGGGCUAUGAAGUCCACGGUAUCAUUCGUAGAUCAUCUUCUUUCAAUACUGGUCGUAUUGAACAUAUUUAUAAGGACAGACAUGACCAAGCAGGUGUCAAGUUCUUCCUUCACCAUGGCGAUUUGACCGAUUCUACCUGUCUCGUGCACAUUAUCUCUCAAGUUCAACCUACCGAAGUCUAUAAUUUGGCCGCUCAAUCUCACGUCAAGGUCUCAUUUGACAUGUCUGAAUAUACUGGUGAUGUUGACGCUCUCGGCACACUUCGAUUAUUAGAUGCAAUCCGUACUUGCGGUCUUGCCGACCGUGUUCGUUUCUACCAAGCCUCUACUUCUGAACUCUACGGUAAGGUUGUUGAGACCCCUCAAAAAGAAACAACCCCCUUCUAUCCUCGUUCUCCUUACGGUGUUGCCAAGCUCUAUGGUUACUGGAUCACUGUCAACUACCGCGAAUCAUACAAUAUGUAUUCCUGUAACGGUAUCUUGUUUAACCACGAAUCCCCUCGUCGCGGUCGUACUUUUGUUACUCGUAAGAUUACCCGUGCUGUCGCUGAUAUUCACCUGGGUCGUCAAGAAUGUUUAUAUUUGGGUAACAUUGAUGCUAAACGUGAUUGGGGUCAUGCACGUGAUUAUGUAGAGGGUAUGUGGCUCAUGCUUCAACAAGAAAAGCCUCAAGAUUUCGUCCUAGCUACUGGCGAAACACACACUGUCCGUAGCUUUGUUGAGAAGGCCUUUAAGGUUACUGGUCGUACCAUUGUAUGGGAAGGUGAAGGUGUCAAUGAAAUUGGUAGAGAUAAGGAAAGUGGUAAGGUACGUGUCCGUAUUGAUCCCAAGUACUUCCGUCCUGCUGAAGUCGAUCUCUUGUUGGGUGAUCCUACCAAAGCCAAUGAUGAAUUGGGAUGGAAGCGUAAGGUCAGCUUUGAUGAAUUGAUUACUGAAAUGGUUGUUGCUGAUAUUGAAGGCAGUCUCAGCUCUUCCACUUUGGUGUAAUAAAAAGAUACAGAGCCUUUUGACUGUUUUGAUUUUUCUUUUUAUACUUACAUUUCAAAAUCGUUUUAUAUCCUUCAUAUAUAUUACACUUAUAGAGAAGAAAAAAAAAUCACUGUAAUAAGCUUAUCAUAUACAUGCAUAUGCAAAUAUACAUAAGCAUAUAUCUAUAUAUUACUUUCCCCUUUAUUUCACCAACAACCCUCUAUUACUACUGUUAUAUCCGUUCAUAUCACUUUAAUCCAUUCUGUUUGUAAUGUAUCACAAAAUUAAAUGAAUUUCUUUAAAAAUAUUGCAUUAAAACCCUUAUUUGGAACUACAUUUGAAAAGAAAAAGCCUGCUUACGUCCAAGCUGUACUGCAAAUAAUGUCU